GUGUUGUUCUUUACCAACAUCAGUCCUCGCAUAGACGAGCACACUACUGGAAGCCUGAGAGCAUGCAGAAAGCUUUGGUUCUGGUUCCUCUGCUGGUCCUGGGAUGGACCUGGACCAUCCAGGGCCUUCCUUUGGCAGUAGAACCUUUGUACCCCACGCAGGAGAACUUUGAUCUGACCAGAUUUUUGGGGACGUGGCACGAUGUUGCCGAGGCGACCACGUGCCCUCACAUUCACCGCCACAGGAGCAACGCGGCGAUCGGCAAGCUGGUGUUGCAGAGAGGCGCCGACGAGGGCAAACUGCAAAUGAUUCGAACUAAACUCAAGCGAGGGGUCUGCAUGGAGAGCAGUGGAGAGUAUAAUCUGACAGCCACACCGGGACGCUUCAACUAUUAUGUCGCAAAGUGGGACGCAGACGUGGACGCCUACGUGGUCCACACCAACUAUGAGGAGUACGCCAUCGUGAUGACGGUCAAGGAGAAGCCGGCGGGCCACAGCAGCACCUCAGUCAAGCUCUACAGUAGAAGCUUGGACGUGAGGGACACGGUGAUGGAGGACUUCAAGACGCUGGCCAGAGAGCAGGGCAUGAGUGAUGACAACAUCAUCAUUAGAAGCAACAAAGGUGACUGCACUCCAGGUGAGCACCUGGAAGAGGUGACCUUUGACCUGGAUCUUCAGCUUCAGAGGUCCAGGAGACAGGUGGCACCAGUGAUGGAUCUGGCAGACAUGGAUGGUUCUGGUUCUGACCUUCUGACCUUCAAUGAUUCUGAGUCGUGCCAGCUGAAGGCGGAGACAGGUCCGUGUUUCGGGAUCCACCAGAGGUUCUUCUACAACUCUUCCUCGCUGACCUGCCAGCCCUUCAAGUACGGCGGUUGCCUUGGCAACGACAACAACUUCAAGACGGAGAAGGAGUGCCUGCAGAGAUGUCGUGUCGCCGCCGUGUGCCGGCUCCCCCUGGCGGUAGAGAAGUGCACAGGUCAGCCGCUCACCUGGUCCUUCGACUCCAACCUGGGCGUGUGCUUCCCCUACAAGGCCGGCUACUGCCAGCUGAACGGGAACAAGUUCUACAGCAAGGCCGAGUGCCAGGAGUACUGCCAGGCAAAAGAUGAAGACACUACAGCCGUUGUGCCACUCGCGCAGACGAUGCCAGAAGAAUAAACAAAUAUUUGCAAAAAUAUUUCCUUAAUAAAUCAAAACUCAUCUA